AUGAAACGCAAACGUACUUGCGAUAGGAGGCUUCGCGAUAUUCGCAGAAUUGAUGGUAAUCUAAAACCUGAAAACCGGGACAAGUUAUUACGAGGCCUCGCCCAGCGGUCGCUUGCUCUCGAAGGAGUCAAAUGCGGUUAUUUGGAUGUGGAUGAGAUGUGUGAAAAAAUGAAUAAUGGGAAUCUCAAAGGAGGACGAAAUGGUAAAACCGUACAAUUUGUGACCAAUGAGCUGGGCAUCGAAUCAGACGACCAAGACUUUGCCGUUCGAGCCACUCGUGAGGGCAUGAAACAAUUGGUCAUGGAGAGAGUCCUAACAGAAAAGCUUAAGGAAACGCUGCUACAAACGUUACAGGAAACGCAGGAUGAAACAUUGAAGCAAACCUUGGGGGAAAUGAUAAAAGGCUUCAAGAGUGCAUCAGGAAUAUCUGUGUUUACAGCCCUGGCUCUCAGACCCUUUAGAUAUCUCAAAUACGGAGAGAUCCCUGAGUUUGCAAAUUGCUUGCUGGAGCCAGGUGCGAUGCCUUCAUUGAUUUUGAUGGAGGCGGAAUCCGACAGCAUCGAUCCUAUAGUCUUCAUCACGAAUAUUAUGCGAAAGACCUCAGAUUGGCUUGAAGAAUUGCAGUUGUGUUAUGAUGGUGAGUUAGCCUUUAACCUAAAUGUUUAUUUUUACCUCAUCCUUGUAAUAGCAUGCAUUACGUGCGACGACCAGGAAGCUCAGCUAACCGGGACGAAACGCAUUCAGAGGAGUGCCCUGAGAAACGAACAACCCAUGACCGAAACUCCUAUAGGUGCAAUAACCAAUCCUAGCGAUUUGUCGAUACCUCACAAUCAUGGACCUCACAAUCAUGGUUCAUCUGCGCAGAGCAAAUCAUUAUGUGCUACUCAAACGGCAUCGGCUUACAAUGAUGAUGGAUGUUCUCUUAUCCAAUCCGUUGGUUUUCACGGGGUCAGUUGGAUACCAUUCGACGGAACACCCGACCAUGCUGGAUCAGAUGUUUCAGAGUCUUUUGAAGAAAGAAGCCUGAAUGAAGAUGUCGAAGUCACUGGAGGGCCUAAUGAUGAAGAUACCGAUGUAGCAACAAACAGGAAUGGCAGCAACGCACAAAAUGUCUACAAAGACAUCAGAUGGGAGUCUGAACAUAAUCAUUGGAUUGAUCAUGUGCAAUCUCAAAUUUUACAUGCGCCGCAAGAAGAGCAAGCAAAUGAGCAAGGUCAUAAGACUUCUGCAGGGCACAUACCUGUUGCCAUGCCAGAUAGUCAGGAGCUUAUUGCGCCACUCACCCUCAUAACGAGCGCGGAUAUUCCUGAUACGAUCGAUACAAUGGCAUCACUCGCCAUCAAUUCGAACAAUGAUCUCUUUGACGCAAUUCAUAUGAUGGCAUUAGUUUUCCCAGAUGCAGAUACGAAUUUGCCUGACGCGAGCGAUCUCAUGAUGGCAUCAUUCGCCACAGGCGCGAAUGCGGAACCCCUUAACGCGAUCGAUAUGUAUCCGUCUAUUUCUACUUAG